GCACUUGUUGCAUAAUAUACUAUUAUAUGGAAAUGAAGCUUGCAUUUUAUUUCUUAAAAGAUUAUUACUUUCCAAGUUACCAUCCAUUAUAAAAUAAGUUAUUUUCUUUAAUUGCAUCUUAAACAUUGAACAAGACAUUGAAAAUUGAGUUUUUCAUCGCAAAAGACGGUCACUCAGACCGUAGGGCAGCGACGCGAGAAAUGGUUGAUAAAAAUAAAUCGAUUUCGAUUAUUGUGGAGUAGAGUGAAUCCCGCCGUUGUUAAGUGUCUAUUUAUACAAGGAGGUGGGGCGUUAUAGAUUGCGUGGCAGAAAAUUUCGUCCGAACUUAGUCUCUGACCGCGCGCGGUUUUUCGAGUUUUCCUGGCGAAUUUUUCGAAAAUCACCGAUCGGGUUGACGGCGUCCUAGAAAACCCGGAAAUGCACCGUUAAAAAUAACGUCGAGGUGCACUUUUAUCGCCCGUCAUCGGCUGCCAGAAUAAAUUAACCUUCGGCGCGACAACUCUCGGCUUUUUGAAGUGCGUAUAAGUUUUCCCUGACGCGGACAUUGUUUUAAAGGCCUCGAAGGUGCGCGCAAAUCGUCGUAAAGGUUGUCCCGUUACGUAAAUUUGAACGCGAGCCAGUCCCGUCCGAACGGGUCCGGUGAUUCGAUCGAGAAGAAAAAAAGUAAGAUUCGCGAAUAUGUUCGAAAGGUCGAGGUGCCAUCCCGAACAGUGAGACGAAAUGGGAUGCUCGUGCGGCAGCGUGCCGCCCAUCAGCAUACCCAUCAAUUUGAACAACCAGUCGGACGUCUACAACUGGAAAGGACCGGACGUGAUACGAGUGUCCAGAUUUUACAAGGAUGCGAAAGAAGGAAAAUUCGUAAGCUAUCUCUACGCGGACGCCAAGACCCUAUACGAAAGCUUCAGGAGAGGCUCCAAAGUUUCUAACAACGGCCCGUGCUUGGGCUGGCGCGAAUCGUAUCAGAAACCAUUCCAGUGGCUCACGUAUGACGAGGCGCUUCUGCGAGCCCGAAACCUGGGCUCCGGCCUCGUCUCCCUGGGUCUCCAACCCGGACCAAGUACCAUGAUAGGAAUAUACUCCAUCAAUUGUCCAGAGUGGAUCCUCGUAGAACAGGCCGCUUACUGUUACAGUAUGGUGAUAGUACCCUUAUAUGACACGCUAGGGGCGGAUGCUUGUGCCUUUAUUAUUAGACAUGCCGAAAUGUCAGUGAUUUUAGUAGAAGACGACACAAAAUGCAAUUCGUUGUUGGAGAAAUCACCGCGAUGUUUAAAAAAAUUGAUAGUCUUCAAAGACAUCAGACCGGCGACCCUCCAGCGGGCUCGAAACAUGGGAAUCGAGAUUCUGAAGUUGGCCGACGUCGAGCUCUUGGGAUCGAAAAAUAGCAACCCUGAAGUUCCUCCAAAACCGUCUGAUGUCUGCACAGUGUGCUACACGAGCGGAACGACGGGACAACCGAAAGGAGUCAUGCUCACUCACGAGAAUGUUGUGGCCUCCAUGAGUGCCGUGAUCCUCCAAUUCGGAGACCACAAGCUGAGGAGCGACGACGUCAUGCUGUCGUUCCUGCCUCUCGCUCACAUGAUGGAAAGGUGCUGUGAAAGCGCGAUGUACAUGCAGGGCGGCGCCGUGGGUUUCUAUCUGGGCGAUGUGAGGAGACUUUCGGACGAUAUGAAAGCGCUGAAGCCGACCGUAACUCCCGCAGUGCCCCGCCUUCUAAAUAGGAUAUAUGACAAAGUGCAGUCGGACAUCAACGGCAAUUGCGUCAAGAAGAUGCUGUUCAAUAUGGCGUUGAGGUCCAAAGAGGCGGAACUCAAGAGAGGUAUCCUGAGAAAGAACAGCUUCUGGGACAUGCUUGUAUUCAAGAAGGUUCAAGAGGGGAUGGGCGGGAGACUGAGGUUAAUGCUGGUAGGUUCUGCACCUCUGGCGGAGAACGUGCUUACCUUCAUUAGGUGCGCGAUGGGGUGUGUGGUGGUCGAGGGUUACGGCCAGACGGAAUGCUGCGCCCCCGUCACCCUAACAAUCCAAGGAGACCACGUGCCGGGUCACGUGGGACCCCCUUUGGCCUGUUGCUGCAUCAAACUGGCCGACGUCCCGGAAAUGGAAUACUGGGCGCGGAACAACCAGGGCGAGGUUUGCGUGAAGGGCACCAACGUGUUCCAGGGCUACUUUAAGGAUCCCGACAAGACCGAAGAGGUGGUCGACGAGGGCGGGUGGCACCAUACUGGUGACGUGGGCAUGUGGCAACCGAACGGAACGUUGAAAAUAAUCGACAGGAGAAAGCACAUAUUUAAAUUAUCGCAAGGCGAGUACAUCGUUCCGGAAAAAAUUGAAAAUAUUUACAUCCGGUCGCAAUACGUCGGCCAGGUAUUCGUCCACGGGGAAUCCCUAAAGUCGUGUAUAGUGGCGGUGGUGGUGCCGGACGUGGACGUAAUCAAGUGCUGGGCUCAAGAGAUGGGCAUACCCGGUACAUUCAGCGUGCUUUGCAAUAAUUCCGAGAUCAAACGUCUCAUCAUGGACGAUAUGAUCGCCAAAGGGAAGGAAGCCGGAUUGAAAUCUUUCGAACAGGUGAAAGACAUAUACUUGCAUCCAGAUCCGUUCAGCGUUCAAAAUGGCCUGCUCACACCAACACUGAAGAGCAAACGUCCCCAGCUGAAGGCUUACUUUAAGCCACAGAUAGAGGACAUGUACAGCAAGCUAGCUUAGAUGUAGAAUCGUUUCUCGUCGACGUUUUUCUUCUAAGUUCCAGACGACCCAGCACCGCAAAUUCUUGCCAGCAAUCUCAUUUUAAGUAAACAUUAAGCGGAACCAAUUAUUCGGAUCUUUUCCGUGGAUAAUUUUUAGUUCCUUUGGAUCAUUGUGACCCUCCCCGUUCUAGGAAAUUUGACUAUCAAAUAGGGUUUAAAAAGUUAUUUGUUAGGUUAAGUCAACUCCAGGUUUUUUGUGAAAACGCGUCUUGUUGCGAAUUAAACAACCCGACGUAGUUACAAUUACAGACUGUUUAAAUUAUUUUUUAGAGAUCGCUUUUGCAGUUCGGCAAAGUUCAAAAUGCAACUCGCCUUUUUCAAAAAUUCGCAUCAAAACUCCAAAUUGCAAAUGGUCCUUUAUGUUAUUCACGUUGUUAUGUAUUAUUUUCACUUUAUCGGUAGAAAAUAAAACCUUUACUUACCUU